UAUUACACCAGUCCUUCCUCUCAGUACUUCUCACUUCUUAAGCCAUUGCCUUUACACUCGAAAGCUCUCCUUUCCUUCCUCCCAAUAGGGCCAUCACUGCCCAUCUCUACGAGAUGGCCACAAAACCAGCUGAAGAGGCUUUAGACCAGCUGAAAUACCAGACAUGGGUCUUGAAAGUCUCAAUCCACUGUGAAGGAUGCAAAAAGAAAGUUAAGAAAGUUCUUCAAAGCAUUGAUGGUGUUUAUAAAACAGAAGUUGAUUCUCACCAGCAUAAGGUUACAGUAACUGGCAACGUGGACGCGCAGAUUCUUAUAAAGAAGCUGAUGAGAUCAGGGAAAUUCGCCGAGCUUUGGCCUAAAAACUCCGAGAAUAAGGAGAAAAAGUCUGGAAAAUCCCAGAACAAUGACAAGCAGAAGAGUCCUAAAGAUGUCCAAGAAGUUGGUGGUGGUGAUGAUCAUCAGAAGAAUACUCCAUCAGAAAAGCCUGAGACGGACGCUAAAAUUAGUGGUGGAAAUGGUGGUGAUGAUCAAAACUCAGGGGCGGAAAGUGAUGAUGCCGGCUUAGAAAGUGCUGCUCCUGUUGCUGCGGCUGCUAGUGGUGGUGGCAGUGGUAAAAAGAAGAAGAAAAAGAAAAAGCCAAGUGGCAAUUCUAACAAUGGUGCCAGUGGCGAAAAUUCUGGUGGUGUACCGGCUGAUACCGGGUCUUCUUCCAUGGCUGAUCUUGACUCAGCUCCAUCUAUGCCCUUGAUGAGUCAUAGCCCUCCACAUCAGCAUGUAUACCCGUAUCCACCAAUGUAUCAUCAACCUAUUCCAGUUUAUGGAAUAAACUACAACACAGCAUAUUGUAGUGCUAGGGAGUCCUGUUAUGCACAUCCCAUGCAUGCUCAGAUUCACUAUCACCAGCAGAGGUACCAGCCACCAGCCCCGCCAUCCGAUCUCAUCAAGGAGUUUGGUGAUGAUGAUAACGAGACCGGAUGCUCAGUCAUGUGAAUAUUUGUAAUGGGUGAUGUAAUGUGGGGUACGUAUACAAAGGAAGUUAAAAUUUAAACUAGGGAGGAGCUAAUAUAGUGUAGUGUCUUGUGCGGGAGGUGGAUGGAUUAAUUUUGCAAUAUGUAACAUAAAUGUGAAGAUAGUGGACCAAUAAAAAGGGCAGCUAUGGGGUCUCAAGCUGUUUAAUGUUUUGUGCUGCUUCUGUACUUUUAUAUAAAGCUCAAGCUGUUUAAUGUUUUGUCUUUA